UAGCCAAAAUGUGUUUGUCCACUUUAAUCUUCUUUAUUUCAUUAGGUCUGAUUUUGUACAAUGGGGAGUUAAUUUUUUUCUAUUACAAAUUUUAUAUUUAUGUCUGGUGCAGUUAAUUAGUAUUUGAAUAUAGUACAUGUAGAAUCUGUCUGUAUUAAAUGGUACUAAAUUACUAUACAAUUUUAUAUAAUGAAGGUUAUGAGAGAGAUUUAAUAUUGCCUGGAUAGGAAGCAAAUGUUAGCACGCAAGAUGAAGCCUCUUCCCUUCAAUCUUUGCAACCCCAAGAAAAGAUCUGCCAUAAUCAACCGUUCUUACGCUCUCCUCCAUUCCAUAGCUGUAACUUCCCUGAUUUUCUACAGAGUUUCUUCUUUUUUGCAUUCAAGACCUUCUCUCCCUCACCUCCUGGUAUUUGCCUCUGAGCUUAUUCUAUCUCUUCUUUGGCUACUCAACCAAGCUUAUCUAUGGAGACCCGUUUCUCGAAAAACUUUCCCCGAGAGAUUGUUGCAGGAAAAGGAGGAAGAACUACCGGAAAUCGAUGUGUUUAUAUGCACUGCAGACCCCACGAAGGAGCCGCCUUUGGAGGUAAUGAACACUGUUUUGUCAGCAAUGGCACUGGAUUAUCCGAUAGGGAAGCUCUCAGUUUAUGUUUCGGAUGAUGGAGGUUCUUCCUUAACUUUACAUGCUAUGAGAGAGGCUUGGAAAUUUGGUAGGUCUUGGCUUCCAUUUUGUACGAGGUUUGGGAUAAAAACCAGAUGUCCAAAGGCCUAUUUUUCAAGGUAUGGGAUCUUAGGAAAAGGAUACUACGAAGAAGAAGAGAAGAUCAAGCAACAGUACAUGUGGUUGGAAGAGCACGUGAAGAAAGCAGGAAGCAGUGGAGAGAUGCUGGGAGAAACCUGCACUUUGAACACUAAAAAUCAUCCUGCAACUAUUGAGGUGAUACAAGAUGAAUCCCAUGACACCAAUCAAGCCGAGAUGCCCCUUCUCGUCUACGUUUCUCGUGAGAAAAGCCCUUCGUCUCCUCACCAUUUCAAAGCUGGAGCACUCAAUGUUCUUCUUAGGCUGUCCAGCAUGAUAAGCAACUCGCCUUACAUAUUAGUAUUAGACUGCGACAUGCGCUGCAAUGACCCGACAUCCGCAUUACAAGCAAUGUGUUUCCACUUGGAUCCUAGAAUCUCUUCCAACCUAGCUUUUGUUCAAUUCCCUCAGAAAUUCCACAAUCUCAGUACGAUGGAUAUAUAUGAUGGCCAAUUAAGAUCAGUAUUCUUGGUAAAGUGGCCUGGUAUGGAUGGACUGCAGGGACCUAUGUUAUCUGGAACCGGCUUUUACAUAAAGCGAAAGGCGUUGUAUGGAGAUAUAGUACAAGAAGGUACCGACCCCAUUCAGUUAAGACAAUAUCUUGGUCCAUCAAAUGAAUUAGUGAAAUCACUUCAUCGGAGCAACCAUCAUAACUCCGUCAACAACAUGGACUCGCCAAGCAGAUUGCUAGAAGAAACCAGAUUAGCCUCCUGCACAUACGAGAAAGAAACUCAGUGGGGAAAGCAGGUUGGAUUCUUGUACAACUCCGUGGUAGAAGAUUAUUUUACUGGGUUUAUGUUGCACUGCAAGGGGUGGAAUUCUAUCUUUUGUGAUCCCCCGAGGCCAGCAUUCUUGGGCACCGCCACAACAAAGUUGAAUGACACGUUAUUACAAGGUGCAAGGUGGAACUGUGGGGUGCUCCAAGUUGCCCUCUCAGGGUUUUCCCCUCUGAUUUAUGGAUUAUCAAGAAUGUCUCUGCUUCAAACAAUGUGUUAUUGCCACCUUUCACUUCAGCCCCUCUAUUCCUUGCCUAUGUGGUGUUUAGCUACUAUUCCUCAACUAUGCCUCUUGAAUGCCAUUCCCUUGUACCCCAAGGUUUCAGAUUCAUGGUUUAUGAUCUAUUCAUAUAUUUUUAUCAUGUCACAAUUGAAACAUUUAGAGGAAGUUCUGUCAACGGGUGAUCCAAUCUGGACAUGGUGGAAAGAAGAGAGGAUUUGGAUGAUGAAGUCAGUUAUAUCUUAUUCCAUUGGAAGUUUGAACGCUGUGUUGAAGUUUUUGGGUUUGAGGGAAGCCAACUUCGUGCCCACAAAUAAAGUUGCAGAUGAUGAACAAGUCACAUUCUACCAAAAGGGAAUAUUCAAUUUCCAAGCAUCAACAAUCGUUCUUGCUCCACUGGUUGCAUUAGUCACCUUAAACAUGAUUUCUUUAGCUGGUGGGCUUGCCAGAAUAAUUAUCAAGGAAAGUAAUUGGAAUGAGAUGUUUGGACAAAUUUUCCUCUCCUUUUACAUCCUAAUGGUGCAUUUCCCUAUAAUUGAAGGGAUGAUGUUCAGGAAGGACAAAGGACGGAUUCCUCCUUCGGUUACCCUAUUUUCUCUUGCACUUUCCACUUCUUUCCUGUGCCUUGGAUCCUUGGUUCUCAUGUCUUGAACCGUCAAGUUCAUCUGCUGCUAUUAACCUACUGCUUUUCAAGUAUCAAAUCCUAAACUUUUGUGACAAGGGAGGCAGAAAUUCUUUAAAUAAGAGGCUGUCAGGUGUCAGUCUUUGGUAUUUAUCUGUAACAAAUCUAGUUAUCAAAUUUGUUAGCAACAAAUUAAAUGGCUAUAAGGUAGAUGAAAGGAGAUCGUAGGAACUGAAGAAACAGAUUUGGCAAGAAAUAGUACUGCUCUGUUUUUGCUUU